AGUUGUUGUUCUGCCGCCUCGCCUGCGCCUGCUUCUUCUUCUUCUGCUUCUCCUGCUUCUUCUUCCUCUUCUUGGGUCUUCUGUUCGUGGCAAAGCCUGUUGCUCAAGCCUCUCUCCUCCUUCCCGAUCCCGCAGCUCCGCCUUCGCCUUUGCCUGUGCCGUCGCAACCAGCUCCGUCCGCUCUUUCCACAAUUCUCUCUCGGCACCGCCAAAAGGCACGUAAACUGGUUGUUGCUGGCUGGGCCGUACACUUCGUGGUGCCCGUAUUUUUCGUAUUUUCAGUGCUGCCUGAACGCUUGAGCUGCGCGAGUCGCUUGCCGGGAAACUCGGAGUUGGAAUCGGAACUGGAUCUGGCUAACUAGCUAUCGGGCUAUCGGAAAUUGGCCACUCGGAUCUGGACAUGGAGAUGGCCUACAAUGCGUCAUCGUCGGCGGCCUCCGUCGGCUCUGCUUCUGCCGCCGCCUCUGCCACCGCCUCCUUCGCCUUCACCAACACCGCCAAGCUGCCCAUCGAAACGGUGAAGCGCCUGAUUGCCGCCGUCUCACGACGUCCGAUGUUGUGGCUGCGCAACAAUGCCAAUGGCCAGAAGCGCAGCGACAUCACGCCUGUUUGGUUCGAGGUGGGUCAGGAUGUGAAUUUGCCAGCCGACAUCUGCCGAAUUAAGUGGGGCCACCUGAGGGACAACUUUCGCAAGGUGUACAUCCGCAAUAACCUGUCCAAUGAGACGCCCUCGUCGUGGCGCUUCUACAACGAUAUGCGGUUCAUGGAGCCCGCCGUUCACGAGAAUAUCAUGCGUCAGACGCGAAGCAGCAGCAAGAAGCACCCACCCGGACACUGGACGGAGAACAAUAAUGUGCUGGGGCCGGACAAGUAUGACUCAAUGCCCAUUGUUGCUACGGAGCCCAUAUGCGAGCUCAGCCACAGCUAUGACUCGGAGCUACACCAGCCCAGCUUCUCGGACAUCAGUUCGUUCUUCGAGGAUCGCGACUGCCAGCCGCCGGAGAAUAAGAGAUUUAAGUCGGAGCCCAGUCAGAGGGAGGAGGACGAGGAGGAUGACGAUGACUUCGACGAAGAUGCCGCCUCGGAGAACUUGGAAGAGGAACGCGGCAAUCGUGCCGAUGCUGCCAGUUCCGGUGUAUUCACCAUAGAAGUGCUCGAUGACGACGACGAAAUGGAGCAGGCGGUGACCAAGACCAAGGCGAAUAACACUAGCCACGGCGGAUCCAGCCUGAAGAGCGAGCAGGAGGCCAAGGUGUUCUCCAAUUCGCAGUCACCCACCGCCGAUCUGCCAUUCAAGUAUAUCAGCACGGAUGUGGCCACGAAUACGGAUCCCUCUGGUGGAGAUCUCCAGGACGAGGCGGAUCGCAUGUUCCUGCUCAGUCUGAUGCCCUUCCUGCAAAGAUUGGACAGCCGCCGGCGUCUGCGCGUGCGCCAGAAAUUACAGAACGUGCUCAUCGAGGAACUGGAGUUUGGCUGAGGACGCGUAUAUCCGGGGGAAUGUGGGGAGAUUUACUUUAUAAGCCUAGCUUACAGUAUUAUAAGAACGCGACUGACUAACUCUGUGAAUCUGCCUACAUACGUAGCAUGUAAUCAGUAUUCCGGCCUGCUUUCCUUCAUACCAACACACUUCAAUACAUACCAUAUUGCAUUACAAUACAUAUUUACACUUCAAAUAGACGAUCACGCCAGC